GCAUAUGGAGGUUCCCAAGCUAGGGGUCAAAUUGGAGGGUGCAACGCCAGGUCAGAACCGCAAUUGCAACCAAUACCACAGCUCAUGGCAACAAUGGAUCCUUAACCCACUGAGCAAGGCCAGGCAUUGAACCUGCAUACUCAAGGAUACUAGUCAGAUUCAUUUCCUUUGAGCUAUAGCGGUAACUCCUUAAUUAAAUUAUCAUCUACAGUGAAAAGUAAAUUAAUGGUGCCAAAAUUUCCCAUACAUCAACCAUAAAAUACAUAUUUGAGAAGACCCUCUGCAAUUAAAAAAAUUGAAAAUAACACCAUAUUAGAAAUGUAUUCUUCAGAAAAAUACUAGUGACCCAGUAUUACAGAUAAUAAAAGCUGAAACUAUUUAAAAUACAUAAACACUCCCAAGAAUUCUCAUUCUGUUACUUUUAGUGUGCAUAUUAUUAUUAUUAUUAUUUACUAUGUCUGGUCACUUAUGAUGGAGCAUGAUAAUGUGAGAAAAAAACAAUGUAUACAUGUAUGUGUAACUGGGUCACCAUGCCGUAAGGUAGAAAAUUGACAAAACACUGUAAACCAGCUAUAAUGGAAAAAAAAAUCAUUAUAUAUAAAAAAAUAAUGUGCAUAUUAUAAUGAAGAUAAUUUAAAGUUUUUGCUUAUAGUGAUUUUUUAUAAAUAAUUUUCUUACAAAAUGAAUUUUGAAUUGUGUUCUUUAUAAAUUCACAAAUACAAAAUCUCAAAAAAAUUUAAUUUUAUUGUCCCCCUUUCCUUUCGAGUCCUAAUUUGUAAAGCAGAUUAGUUACAUGGUUAUCAUAAUUAACCUGGACUGCUUAGGAGAGGUCAGAUACACUAUAGGAUUUGUAGUUCACACUGUGGUUACAGGAAAUCUCAAAAUUUCUUUGUAACCAAGUGGGCUUAAGAUGUAAUAGAACCAGUAAAUUUGUUAAAAGACUGCAGUAACAAGGAAGGAAAAGAUCCUGACUGCAGAGACUGCAUUAUGUUGAGGAACGGGAACACCUUGUCCCAAAGCUGUUUCCUUCAGUUGGAGGGACAUAUAAAAAACGCGGCUAAGGGUAACGCUUCUCUUUUUCUUCCUCCCUGGAGGGGGAAAUCAGCUAUCUGAUUGGUCAGUUCCGAAAGCGGAAGUCGGCGUGUGUGACCCGCCCCUUCCUUUCCUCUUAGGGAGGAGCAGUUCCUAAAGUGCACAAUUUUACUCCUCCUCUCCGGGCGGUAAGGUUGAUAGGUCCAGAAUUUGCCUCUGCGUUCUCUUCUGUUGGCUGCCGUUUGUCUGUCCUUGAGCUAAUCUUUUUAUGAAUGAAAAAGAGCCUGAAACCCACAUGCUGCUUGAGCUGGUUUAUUUAAAUCUCUGAAAAUAUAUGAUGCUUCAGUACUUUCUUCAUUUUGUCCAGAAAUGGGGGAAGGGGACAAGGAAUCCGAAUCUUGAACUUUUGAGGAAAGCAUCUGAGCUUCAGAGUUCCCGCCAGGUUUAUUUUUAAGGAAAUAGACCAGCAGCUUCAAUCAACUGCAGUUCUACCAUACCUUCAUAAUGUUUCCCUUGGUCAGAAAUGUGCUAAGUAGUAUCAGGAUUCGAAGCAUUCAGCAAAUUAGGACAAGACAGAACCACUCAAAAUACUCACCAGAUUUUCAUGACAAAUAUGGUAAUAUUCUACUAGCUGGCGGAACUGCCUUCUGUCUUGUUGCAUGGGUGUUGAUAGCUACACAGAUUGGAAUAGAAUGGAACCUGUCCCCUGUUGGCAGAGUCACCCCGAAAGAGUGGAAUGAUGACUAACCAUCAGAGUUACUGUAAUACAGAAUUGUUUCCAACCCAACUUGUCAUUUAAGUUCUUUCUUGCUCAUUAAGAUAUAGCAUAAUUGAAGAAAUAAAAUGUAUUUGGAACUUUUAAAAAG